AUGAGCGCGGAGGCCGUCUGCAGCGCCUUGCCCGCCGUCCCGUACCACAAGCUCGCCGACCUGCGCUUCCUGAGCCGCGGCGCGUCCGGCACCGUGUCGUCCGCCCGCCACGCCGACUGGCGCGUUCAGGUGGCCGUGAAGCACCUGCACAUCCACAGCCCGCUGCUCGACAGUGAAAGAAAUGAUGUCUUAAGAGAAGCUGAAAUUUUACACAAAGCUCGAUUUAGUUAUAUUCUUCCAAUUUUGGGAAUUUGCAAUGAGCCUGAAUUUUUGGGAAUAGUUACCGAAUACAUGCCAAAUGGAUCAUUAAACGAGCUCCUACAUAGAAAAAUCGAAUAUCCUGAUGUUCCUUGGCCAUUGAGAUUUCGUAUUCUGCAUGAGAUUGCUCUAGGUGUAAACUACCUGCACAAUAUGAAUCCUCCUCUACUUCACCAUGACCUGAAGACUCAAAACAUCUUACUGGAUAAUGAAUUUCAUGUUAAGAUUGCAGAUUUCGGUUUAUCAAAAUGGCGUAUGAUGUCCCUUUCACAGUCACGAAGUAGUAAGUCUGCACCAGAAGGAGGGACGAUUGUCUACAUGCCACCUGAAAACUAUGAGCCCGGACAGAAAGCGAGGGCUUCUGUCAAGCAUGAUAUAUAUAGCUAUGCAAUUAUUACAUGGGAAGUCUUAUCCAGAAAACAGCCUUUUGAAGACGUCACCAAUCCUUUGCAGAUUAUGUAUAGUGUGUCACAAGGAUAUCGACCUGACACUAAUGAAGAAAAUUUGCCACUUGAUAUACCUCAUCGAGCACUUAUGAUCUCUCUAAUAGAAAGUGGGUGGGCGCAAAAUCCAGAUGAAAGACCGUCUUUCUUAAAAUGUUUAAUAGAACUUGAACCAGUUUUGAGAACAUUUGAAGAGAUAACUUUUCUUGAAGCUGUUAUUCAGCUAAAGAAAACAAAGAAUGCUUCAAGAACUGUUCACUUAAGUGACAAGAAGAGAAGGGAGUUAUCUCCGAACAUACCUGUAAAUUCUGGUCCACAGGAGGAAUCAGGUGGAUCCUCUCAGCUCCAUAAAACUAGUGGUUCUCCUGGAACCUCAGUGUCCCUGUCAACUCCUCAAGACAAUGACUUUUUAUCUGGAAAAACUGAAGAUUUCUCUGCGCUGCGUCCGUGUUCAGUGAUUCACAGUCGGGACAGAGACAUCUGUGUGGAUCAUCGGGCAGCGUUCUGUAACCACAGGACUGCCCCAUGCUCUUCAGCAAUAGUGAAUCCUCUCUCAGUUGAGGGAAACUCAGGGCGAUUUCAGCCUGGUAUAGCCCAACAGUGGAUCCAGAGUAAAAGGGAAGACGUUGUAAGCCAGAUGACUGAAGCCUGCCUUAACCAAUCUCUAGACGCCCUCCUGUCCAGAGACUUGAUAAUGAAGGAGGACUAUGAACUCAUUAGUACCAAACCUACAAGGACCUCAAAAGUCAGACAGUUAUUGGAUAUCACUGACAUUCAAGGAGAAGAAUUUGCCAGAGUGAUAGUACAAAAGUUGAAAGAUAAUAAGCAAAUGGGUCUUCAGCCUUACCCAGAAAUACUUGUGCUUUCUCAAUCACCAUCUUUAAAUUUCUUUCACAAUAAAAGCCAUAAAAAGUAACUCCUUCCAAGAAAAGAAGUCAGUGUAUAAACGAGUAAUUUAUA